AUGGACGACCAAUCUCGUUGCCCGAGGCCACGUCCGCAGAUCUAUCUUCGCGUGGAGUUUGGAGUCUCGUGGUCUCCGAAUCAUGCGCCCAACAACCACGAGAUCACUUACAAGUCCCGCCGUGUCCGCGAACGGCUGCCGUACUUCCCCAGGCGGGUGCCCGCGCCGACCACAAACUUCCUCUCCAUGGCCCCCGCGCCUAGGCAGCAGUGGGAUCAGGCACACCCUCGCUAUUAUGAGCCGCAACAGCAAUUACAGCAGCCCUGGGAUGGCGUGUGGCGGGAAGAGCCACAGCCGGAGGAGAGGCGGCGGUCACGCGCAGAGUCUGUCUCGUCGCACGAGCGCCGCCGCUCAGCGCCGCCGCCGAUAGGGACGAACCCUUGGGACGUGAAUGUAUGGCAUCCAAUAGACGCGGGAUUGCCGUCCACAUCAACAGCAGCAGCAGCGACUACGGCCCUACCGCCACCGGAGCUCUCCAAGGCCCUACCUGAGGUCCCCUCGCGCUUCCGCCUCGGCGAAGACGGCAUGCCCUGGACGCCGUGGGUCUACCCGAUGGGCCACGAGCCUGUCGCCUACCCGCAGGAGGACGAUGCCGGGUCCACGCAUUCCCGCGCCGCCGACGCCGCCGCCGACGCACCAACCGAGGCUGCGCACACCCCAAGCCAGCCGCACACCGCCACGGUCUCCCCGCUCUCCCCGGGCGACGACCCCGAGAGGGUCCGCCAGCUGGGUGCCCUAUCCGCGGCGAUGAUGACGGUGGACAACGGCUUCGAGAACCAGUGGUGGAACCAGGGGCCGCGGGAAUCGACAUCCCCCACCGCCGACCUCGCGACCGAACCCCCGCCUCCGCCUCCGCCUCCGCCUCCGCCCCCGCCCCCGCCAGAGCCACAGAGCCGCCUCUCGCUCGGCUGGGCGGUCGCCUCGAGCACCCCCGGGUCGCGGGACGACCGGCUCACCUUCGCCAUGGCAGACACGGUGUCGCCGCUGUCCGCCUCGGACUGCUCCACCCCCGGCGGCGUGCCGCCAUUCCAGUCGCUGACGAGGACGCUCUCGACUAGGUCGGCGGAGCUGUUUCUUCACUGA